AUGGCGCUGGCGCCGCACAGAACGACGUCGUCCUCCCUAUGGAAACAGGAACCGCGCAGCCAUAGAACAACGCCAGGUUCCUCGACCCUGACGAGUUCCGCCGGCAGGGCCACCAGCCCACCAGGUCAUCUCGACUUCAUCGCCGACUACUACGCCCGCAUGGGCGACUACCCCGUGCACCCCACCAGUGUCCACCCCGCCUUCCUGCGCCGCCAGCUCCCCGCGGACGCGCCGUCACGGCCGGAGUUGGACGCGUUCGGCGCGGCGCUGCGGGACGUCCGCGACCUCAUCCUGCCCGGCCUGACGCACUGGCAGAGCCCUCGCCAGCUGACACACUUCCCAGCGUCCAGCAGCACCGUCGCCACCCUCGGCGAGGCCCUCACGGCCGGCAUCAACAUCGUCCCCUUCACGUCGGCCGCCUCGCCGGCCGCCACGGAGCUCGAGAUGGUCGUCGUCGACUGGCUCGGCAAGGCGCUCCACCUGCCCGAGACCCUGCUGUUCUGCGGCGGCGGUCGCACGCUUCUCGGCACCACGUGCGAGGCCAUCCUCUGCGCCCUCGUCGCCGCGCGGGGCUCCAAGCUCGCCGACAUUGGCACGGCGGCGCCGGCGGCCACCAAUUCUGAUCUUGCUUAG